UCAAACUAAAAUGAUAGAUACUACAUGGGUUAUGAAGACCGCAGAUGAACACGAACCGAAUGGUUUGUCUAACAGUUAACCCCAUCAGAUGAACAUCGAAUCCCGCCGUCACUUCACAGUGACGCCGCCACCAGUCACCGGCGAGUCAAAACACAACCCAACAACACCAUGGAACUGCUACCUAAGAGAAUUAUCAAAGCAAAAAAAAUACCAAGAAGCACUAACGGUAUACCGUCACAUGCUCCGUUCAUCCUUCUUCCCCAACACCUUCACCUUCCCCGUCCUCCUUAAAUCAUGCGCCCUCCUCUCUCUCCCCCUCACCGGAUCCCAGCUCCACUCCCACGUCAUCAAAACCGGGUCACAACCCGACCCGUACACCCGCUCCUCACUCAUCAACAUGUACUCCAAAUCUUCCCUCCCUCACCUCGCUCGUAAAGUCUUCGACGAAGAAGCCAUAAACCUCACCAUCUCUUACAACGCCAUGAUCUCCGGUUACUCUUCUAAUUCAAUUAUCUCAGAAGCCGUUAACGUCUUCCGUAAAAUGCGGCGCGAAGUUAGCUUUUCUGUUAAUUCAGUUACAAUGCUAGGUUUAGUUUCGGGUUUCACUCUCCCUAGUCACUUAAAACUUGGUGCGUGCUUACACGCGUGUAGUUUUAAGUUCGGUUUUGAUUCUGAUUUGUCCGUUGGUAACAGUUUUCUGACAAUGUAUGUUAAAUGUGGCGAAGUGGAACAAGCGCGCCAACUGUUUGAUGAAAUUCCUGUGAAGGAUUUGAUUACAUGGAAUGCAAUGAUUUCUGGUUACGCGCAGAACGGUCACGCGAGAAGUGUUUUGGAGCUUUAUUUUGAGAUGAAGAAAGUGAAUGGGGUGAAUCCUGAUCCGGUUACGCUUCUUGGUGUUUUGUGUUCUUGUGCGAACCUUGGUGCACAAGGAAUUGGGCGUGAGGUGGAAAGGAAAAUUGAGCAACUUGGAUUUCGGUCGAAUUCUUUUUUGACGAAUGCAUUGAUUAAUAUGUAUGCUAGGUGUGGGAAUUUGGUUCGUGCGAGAGAGGUUUUUGAUUGUAUGGAUGAGAGGAACAAGAGUGUUGUGUCUUGGACUGCUAUUAUAGGUGGGUAUGGGAUUCACGGAGAAGGUGAGAUUGCGGUGGAGCUUUUUGAUGCAAUGGUUAGAUCAGGUGUGAGGCCUGAUAGAACGGUUUUUGUAAGUGUUCUUUCGGCUUGUAGUCAUGCUGGAUUGACUGAGAAAGGAUUGAAGUAUUUUGAUGAGAUGGUGAGGGAGUAUGGUUUGCAGCCAGGUCCUGAGCAUUAUUCUUGCUUGGUUGAUCUUUUGGGUAGGGCUGGUAGAUUGAAGGAAGCAGUGGAUCUCAUAGAUUCGAUGAAGGUGAAACCGGAUGGUGCUGUUUGGGGAGCACUUCUUGGUGCUUGCAAGAUUCAUAGAAAUGUAGAACUAGCUGAAGAGGCUUUUCAACGGGUCAUUGAGCUUGAACCUACAAAUAUAGGUUACUAUGUUUUACUGUCAAAUGUGUACUCUGAUGCUAAGAACUUAGAUGGGGUUUUGAAAGUUAGAGUCAUGAUGAGGGAUCGAAAGCUUAGAAAGGAUCCUGGGUGUAGCUACGUGGAAUAUAAAGGAAAAAUGCAUCUUUUUUACUCUGGAGAUAAGAGUCAUCCUCAGAUUAAGGAAAUAUAUAGAAUGCUGGAUGAAUUGGAAAAUCUUGUGAAGGAGAUUCAUCAACUGGAUCACAAGUGUCAGGGAAAGAGUGAAGAACCGUUAAUGGGUGCCGGGGUGCACAGUGAAAAAUUAGCACUUGCUUUUGGUCUCUUGAACACUAAGCCUGGAACAGAUAUUACUGUCAUGAAGAACCUGAGAGUGUGUGUGGAUUGUCAUGUGUUUUUUAAGUUGGUUAGUAAGAUUGUCAAUCGCCAAUUUAUUGUUAGAGAUGCCACUCGCUUUCACCGGUUCAAAAAUGGAGUCUGUUCUUGCAAGGACUACUGGUAAAAUCAUUACGGCAGGACAAACUGUGAUUUAUAUUUUGAUGGACAACAAUGAUGUGACACCCCACCCACAAAGUUGAUUGUAGCUGUUGAUAAAAGAGGAGGACUCAGAGGGGAUAUGUUGAGAAAGUCUCGAGAAUAUAAAUAACUCAGCCCCUUAGAGAAAAAUGUUUGAAUACUCUCAACAUGGGAAAGGAAAAGUUGAAUUAUAACACAGGAUUUGCAAUUUUUGCUGAAAGGUGUAUGGAUGUCAUUCAUCAUUUGCUGACGUAGAUAUAGUGCAACAAUGCUGUGUCUGUAGAGUUGGUUAUGAUACUUUAGAAAAACAGGAUUCAGUUUGUGGAAACUCUUAGGGAGAAAAUUCAUUCUCAUUAGUGUUCAUUCCCAUCCAAAUCAUUCCUUUGUAAGUAUCUUCCAAAGGAGAGGGUGAGCAACCUUUCUUCCCUUCCCUUACAUUUCACAAGUUGCCCCAGUCCCUUGCCCAACCUUAUUUAUUGUGUUGGUACCUGCAAUAUUUCUUCUGAUUUUCUUUACCACACAAAUAAUUUAAUCAAACCAAUUGAUUUUGACUUAAGACUGCUUACUAGUACUAGUUAUCGGCUUUGGUAAGCUUGCCAGCAAUAGUUGUAUUGUAUGCAUGCUAAUUUUUCAGUCAGCAGUGAGUAAUUUUUCUUUAGCCAUUUUAGGACUUUCUUAUACAUAUCUAAUGCAAGUGAUAGAUAUAGGAAGUUAGGAGCCAAAAGUAUUACCCGUUUCUUAUGGUUGUACAUCAAGGGUUGAGAAAUGAAGAUUGAGAUGGGACAAUUUUUCAAUGCAGACGAGCAUUUUGCAGUAGAGCAUGUAGCAAUUUAUUGCAAGUAUUCUUCUUAUAGGCCUUGAGAGUUAAUGUUUGGCCUAUAGAUUUUUUAUCCACUAGGGCAUCUCGUUCUAAUUCCUCUUGUAAUACAUCCUAAGUUCCUAACAGGAUCAUGGAUAUUGUGUUAAAUGCCAUUUCUACACUAGCUGAACAUUUUAUGUCGAGCAAAAGACUUACCUUCAUUUGAUCAAACAGAUUUUGAUACGGCUGGUUCUUGUAGCGGUGUACUCGGCUUAAUCGGUUUAUGGCAUUUACCUUCAUUUAACUGGUGGAAAUUGUGC